AUGGCCAUAGAUUCUGAUAGUGAUACAGAGAGGGAUUUAUCAGCAGAAAGCACCGUUGAAGAAGAAGAAGAAGAAGACAAUCAUAAACACAAUCACAAAAGAAGAAAAUUUACUACCGCGUCUUAUACCAAUAUGUCAAAUGAUAAUAAUGAACAAAAUGAAAAAUUUAAUGGACAAUAUAUAAAAGAUACCAAAUAUCCAAAUUUACCAAUCAAGUCAACAAAGCUUUAUAAUGAGAAUAGUGAGGAAGUUUUCUGUAUUUGUAGGAAACCAGAUCAUGGAGAAUUAAUGGUUGGUUGUGAUGGUUGUGAUGAUUGGUAUCAUUUUAAAUGUAUGAAGAUAAAUUUAAAAUUUAGAGAACUUAUAGCAAAUUAUUAUUGUCCUUAUUGUGAGAUUGAGGGGAAAGGAGUGACACAUUGGAAAAGAAAAUGUCGAGUAUCAAAAUGUUUCAAACCUAUAUUGGAAAAUUCAUCAAAAUAUUGUUCUAAAGAACAUGGUUUAGAAUAUUUAUCAAAUAUAAUUAAUGUUCAAUUAAAUCAAGAAGGUGUUGGGAUAAAUAGAGAUCAAGUUGGUGAAAUGGUAAAGAUAUCUGAUAAUAUUGAAGAUUUUAAAAAAAUUGGUGAAAAAUUACCUGAUUUACCUGAUAUGAAUUUAAUAAUUAAAGAUUCAAGAAUUUUAAAUCUUGAUGAUUCAAUAGAAAUUUUAAAGAAAGAAAAGGAAAUAAAUCUUAAUAAAAAGAAAAUUUUGUUGAAGAAUAGAGAAAAUAUUAAAAAAUUAAAUGAAAUUUUAACAACAGAUUUAAAUGUUGAACCUAGUUCUACAACUAAUAAGAAAAAACCAAAAAUUAAAAAAAUUGAUCUUUGUGGGUAUGAUUUAAUUUUCAAUACUGAUAAAUUUGAAAAUAAUAAUUUCCAAGAAUCAGAAUUAAUAUCAAAUGAUUUAACAUUAUUGAAAACCCAAUAUAAUCAAUUGAUAAAUUCUGAUGAAUCAACAACAAGUACACCCACAACGUUUUGUUUCCUUGAUAGGAAGAAAUGUUUAAAACAUAAUGGAUGGAUUUCAGUUAUAAAUGAUGAAAUUGAAUUAAAUUUAAAAAAAAUUGAUAAGAAAAUUAAUUCAAACUUUGAAAAAGGGGAAAAAAUUAUUAAAACUAUAAAGACUGAUUUUUUUGAAAAGAAAUAA